GUGCUCUCUCUCUCUCCCCCUCUCUAUCACCGCCUUUCAGAUCUUUAAAAGCUGCUGCUUUGCUGUGUCUCUCUCGAUCUCCAUUUGUCUCCUCUGGUACUGCAGGGGACUCCUGGCUGCCUCUCGACUGAACCGGCUAAGCACCAAGGAAAUCUGAAGAGACGUAAAGAAGAGAGAGGAGAAAGAGAGAAAUAGAGAGAGUAAGAGAGGGAGAGAAAGAGAGAGGGGGGAGAGAGAUACAUCCAGAAAUAGCAUCAGCCACAUUUGACUGAGAGUGUGGAGAACCUCAGACCUGGACAGAAAAUGCCUCUCCUUUCCAACUUAACGGCCAUUGCCUUGUUGCUGAUUGCUCACUGUGGAUCCUGGACUCUGGCUAACCGCUUGGGCCCAUACAAGGUCUGUCCCUCCUGCAAAGACCCUGUGGGGGCAGGUCGGGCCCCUCGGGACCAUAUUGGUGCAGGCAGCACAUCCGUGUUGGCCCAGGGUGAGCCCUGUGGCGUGUAUACCCUGAGUUGUGCCAAGGGGCUGCGCUGUGUCCCCCCGCCUCGGGAACACAGCCCCCUCCAGGCUCUGCUGCAGGGCAGGGGCUUCUGCGCCAAGCACAGCAGGACCAGUCCCACCGAGAGGCCCCACCCCACAGGUCCAAAUCCCUCAAACAGUGGUGAAAUAGAAAAAGCACCAUGCCGUAAGCUACUGAAUAGUGUUCUGCGGGGUCUGGAGCUGACAAUCUUCCAGUCUGACCGGGACAUCUAUAUACCCAACUGUGACACCCGUGGCUUCUAUAGGAAAAAGCAGUGUCGGUCCUCCAAGGGCAUGCAGCGCGGCCACUGUUGGUGUGUGGAUGAGUUGGGCACUGCCGUGCCCUCACGUGCCAGCGAAGACGGUGCUCUACCAUGCGAUGGAGAGUGAGGGAUGACUCUGUCCCAGUGCUCUGAGCCCAGAGGAAGAGAAAGAGAUGGAGGAGGAGGAGAUGGAGGAGGAGUAUGGGGAGAGGGGGUGGCUUUAGCUUGCGCUAGACACUGCCUGGACACGAGACAGCAGGGAAAAACCACUUCUAAUGGAAAUUAGCCCGAAUUAGGUUAAUGUACUCUAUACACGAUCUAAAUGACACACAUACACUACACCUCAGUAGUAACAUCAAGCUGAGCGUCAAUCAGUCCUUGCAGCAGCAUGAGACACCUGCAUUCUCAAUUCAGUGACUUGCUGAAUCUCACUAUAGUACUGCUCCAUAACUGCCUCAACUUAACAGAUCCAACUGCAGUUCUGAGUAAUCUAUUCCCUGGCUCUUGUCCUGGCUUCGUUGUAGAUGUUCUCUUUUAGGAUAGCUAACACUGCCUGUGUUUGUUAUUAUCUCAGUGGGCUGAAAUACUGUUAAUGCUGAUGGUGUGACACAGUGUUCAAGACGUGUCUCCUUCACCGUGCUCUCUCCCUCUCUCCAAAGACACACUGACAGACAUUACUAGACUUCAUUGAUAGAAUAUUUCUUUUCUAUUAACUUAUUUUGGAGUAUGUAUUUCCAUGCAGUACUGCUUGAAUUUGACAUCUAUUCAAUAACCAAGUUGGAAUGCAGUCAUAAAACCUCAUCUUGGAUCUUGCAUCUUUCCAUUCAUUUGUCAAAAUGGUGUUUUCCGACUGCUUAUUAGUUGAUUGUUUGUACAUAUGUUGGAUUUUUUUGUGGUUGACUGUGUGUGUUCUAAAGUGGCAAACUAAAAUGCUUAUGGCUGUUGCCCUUUCCAAAAGUUGUCAGGCAUAUUUUUAUACACGUCAAUAUAAUAUUUUAUAUAUAAAUUGUUGGUUUAUUUAAUGAACUACAGUACAAUGCCAUGUAUUUUUAUAUUGUCAGCAGUUUCUUAUUUAAAGACAGAGGUUAUUUUAUUUCAUGUUAGGGAGAGCAUUGUGCUUUGCAGGCACCCCCUUGGCUAAACUCACUACACCCAUUCAAGCUACUCAACUGCUGUACAUGUUAUGGUUUUAUUUUGUAUUUUCCUCUUCUUAUUUAUACUUUGAUCAUCUAUAUUCAUAAUGUCUCCAUGACAGUUAUAUGUUCUUUUUGCACAUCCUAUUUCAAUCCCCAUUUCAGUCUUUUUUAAGUUCAAAUUUGUUAUUAGGCCCACUUAAUUGUCUUUCCCAAGAAUCUUGCAUUUGUGUGAUGAAAAUAUGUGAUAUCUCAUCAAUCUUGUUGUGCCAAUAUGUGUGCUGUGAUGGUAGGUCCAUGCACAUGGGACCUGUAAGAUUUACAAAGUCUAAACUAACAUAUGAUAAAAAGGAAAUAAAUAAAUACAUAUAUUAAUA